AUGAGAACAAGUCAGUUAGGAAGCCAGGCCGCAGCUGUGGCUUUUAAAGACACUGGGCAGACACCCGUGGAACCAGAGGUGGCGAUUUCCCGAAUUAGAAUUACUCUAACCAGAUGCAACGCAAAAUCUUUGGAAAUGGUAUGUGCUGACUUGAUCGGAGGCACAAAGGAAAAGAAUCUCAAAGUGAAAGGACCAGUUUGGAUGCUUACCAAGACUCUGAGGAUCACUACAAGAAAAACUCCUUGUGGUGAAGGUUCUAAGACUUGGGAUCGUUUUCAGAUGAGGAUCCACAAGCAACUGAUUGAUUUGCACAGUCCUGAGAUUGUUAAGCAGAUUACUUCCAUCAGUACUGAGUCAGGAGUUGAGGUUGAAGUCACCAUUGUAAAUGCUUAAAUCAACCUUUUUAAUAAAUUGAUUAUCAGUUGUUAAAAAAAAAGAUUACAUAUGAAUAAUACCAGGAAUGAAAAGGGGGCCAUAAUUCUCUUAAAGUCUUUAAAUAUUAUAGAAACUAUCAUGAACUUUAUGUCAAUAAAUUAGUAAACUUAAGUGAAAUGGAUAGCAUAUUAGGAUAUAUUUGGCUUCAUAUAAGAGAAUACCUGAUUGAUAGUUGUUUGAGCAAUAAGACAUUUAAUUAAAAUAUAGAUGGAUUUGGGGCAGACAGACGAAUGCUUUCACAUAGGUUUGGAACUAAUCAUUUUCCAUACAACUUUUUUUUUUUUUAAAGAUUUUAUUCAUUUACUUGACAGAGAGAGAGGGAACACAAGCAGGGGGAGUGGGAGAGCAAGAAGCAGGCUUCCCGCCACCAAGCAGGGAGCCUGAUGUGGGGCUCGAUCCCAGGACCCUGGGAUCAUGACCCGAGCCGAAGGCAGACGCUUAACGACUGAGCCACCCAGGUGCCCCGUACAACUUUUUUUUUAAAGUAAAACAUUCAUACAGAGAAAAGUGUACAAAUCAAGUAUAUAUCUCAAAAUAAUUUUUUCACAAAGUGAACAAAUCCAAGUAACCAUCACCCAGAUCAAAAUAUGGAGCAUUACUAUACAACAGAGGCCUCCAUGUGGCAGUAAUAAUUUAAAGCUUAACCCUCAAAAGUUCCUUUAGUCUAUAUGGAUUCAGCUGGCUUGUAUUUUAAAAGCACAAACAUUUUCCUGCCCACCAAGUACGAAAAGAGCUACGAAUUGAAAUGUCUGUUUGCCCCUAGAAUUCACAUUCUUGCCUCAGCUAUGCCCACUAACUGCGUUCUCUGAUCCACCUGUGUGUGCUGAGGUUUCCAAGAGGCCCGCACGAGUGGACUGAGACCAGUGCCAUGGUCAAAGUUUUGGGAUGCAGCAGUAGUGUGCACCCUGAGGCCACCUGAGACCACUGAAGCCUAUGCAGCAGCUUUGCCAGGCGGUGUAUUGUCUUGCUAGGGACCACGUCUUUGCUUAAGGUCCAGUGUGUGUAGCUCUGCUCUGUAGAAGUAUAAGCUGUAAUAUCCUGACAUAAGCUGUAGUCACCUGCCAAGGUCAAAAUACGAGGUGGCUUAAGACUUAAAGCCUCUUGCAGAAGUUAAAAGCUAUAUCUAUACAGCUGUAAAAACUCACCUGGCUUUAAUAUAACCUCUUAAAUUGCCCAAGUCAAAAUCUACUAA